UUCCGGCCCAGCUGAAGCGUUGGGGCCUCUCUGGGGAAAAAGCCUCUCCCAGGCUGACUUGGGUCGACUUGGCUGGGUCUGAAAUCCGAAUUUUAUUGCAGGGCAUCAUUGUCCCGUGUCCCCGGGCAGCCUGCCAUCCUGUCUUGCUGGCGCUGGGAGGCCAGCAGAGGCUCCGGAGAGGGGAAAAGGAGAAACGACCUUCCUGUGCUCGGCUCUUUCCUCCAUUCCCUCCCUCCCUCCCUCCCUUUCUAGAGGCAGGAGGGAGGGGGAGAAGCCCCUCUGCCUUUCCCAGCCGUCCUUGGGCCGGACGGACCCCCCCAGGAACUGCAUCUGCCCAGCUCGCCAGGCGGCGGCUAGGUGUGUCUGGCAGGAAAGGGGCACAGAUGGGUCUGGGCCAGCGAUGGGGGAAAGCCAAGGAAUGGACCCGAAGGGCUGGAUGGCGGUAGGAGGGACUCAUCUGCCUUGCCAAUGCAGAAGAGCUUCCCCUUCUGUGUGAACUGUCCUCCGCCAUAGCUCUUCUAGAACGAUUGAAGCCAGUGGCUGCCCGGUUCAGAUGCCCGAGCAAAUCUGAAGUGAAGCCAUGUCUAGUGGAGGACGUGGGAUGGGAGCCGUGGAUCUCCAGCCGUGGCGCUUCCCCUUCUCCCGCGACUUACCUGCAGGCCUUAGAACGGAGAUGAUGGAAGCCCCCAACGGGGAAGAGGAACGUCAAAGGGAAACCAAAGCCAAUUUUUUUGCACAAUCUAGAACCCCCAAAGCGUUCCCCACAUGGGUGACACUGUUGCGGGUUAAACAAGAGCCCGAGGAAGGGUUGAACCAGCCGUGGGGAACCCAGGGGCACGAGCGGUGGAGAACCUGGCAGCCCAGGUCUUCAGGAGAACCGUCUUCACAAUUUCAAAGCAGAGGGGAAAUCUGCCGGUUGGCACCAACCUCUUUGGAGGACAAAUCUGGAACUGAGCAGUGGCUGGAAGCCUCUUCGGCUGUGGGCCUCAGGGAAGAAACCAAAGGGAACUACCAGAAUCUGGAAGGUGAAGAUGGAGAAGGGGACAAGAAGUCCAAGGAAGAUCUUCCGGACCAAGAGGAUGUAAGCUCUGAGAUCCAGCAGAAGCGGUUCAGGCAUUUGUGCUACCGGGAACUGGAAGGGCCUCGCAAGGUUUGCGGCCGACUCCGGGAUCUCUGCAGUCAGUGGCUGAAACCAGAGCAGUGUACAAAGGAGCAGCUGCUAGAGAUGGUGAUCCUGGAGCAGUUUUUGGCCAUCCUGCCCAAGGAGAUGCAGAGCUGGGUCAAGGAGGGUGGGCCGGAAAGCUGUGCCCAAGCGGUGGCCCUGGCCGAGGACUUCCUGCGGAGUCAGAAAGAGCCCAGAGGCUUCUGGGAAGAAAAAGUGCCACCAGAGUCACCUGGAGGAGGAAAGAUGAACGCUGCUGUUGGGCCUCCAUUGGAGGUUGAAACAGGACAUUCGGACCAGGAGGUCAAGGAAGAGAACAAGGACUUGCUCGCCAUUGAGAUGGUCUCCCGGCCACAUCCUGGAUCCUCUGCUCCAGAGCAAACUCAGAUGACUUUUGAAGACGUGUCCAUAUAUUUCACCGAGGGUGAGUGGGCCUUGCUGGAUCUGGACCAAAGAGCUCUAUACAGAGAGGUCAUGCUGGAGAAUUACGAGAAGGUGUCUGCUCUGGGAUUUCUGAUUUCCAAGCCAAACCUUAUUGCCCAGUUGGAAAAAGGAGGAGACACAUAUAUCUGGUCUUCUGAGCCAACGGAAAGGGGAAAAAUUACAGGCGACGGCUCAGCCAGUAAGGAGGACACGGUCAGGAUUCAUCUGAAUGGCAUCCUCCAGCCCGCAGGUUCUCCGGGCAUCUCACGGAAAGAUUUCCCGGGGUCCCUUUCCAUGAAGUCAGAAUCUUUCGAUCAGGGUUACGAGUCUGAACGACAGCACAGGACAACCCCCGUGAAGACACAGAGCCCAAACCUUCAGAAAGAGAAGGACAUCAUGGCGGAUAAGGUUGGCCUACUUUGUGCUGGAGCAGAGCCCCACAUAUGUCGCAAAUGCGGGCAGACCUUUGAGCACCAGUCGGGGCUGAUCGUCCACCAGAUGAUCCACACAGCCGAGCAGCCUUACGAGUGUCUCGAAUGCGGCAAAAGCUUCUGCCGACAGGACAAUCUUCUGGAGCAUCAAAGGAUCCACCUGGAGGAGCGGCCUUACGAAUGCCCCCAGUGCGGGAAGACCUUCAGCACUCGCUCUUAUCUGAUCACCCACCAGAGAAUCCACAGGGGUGAGAAGCCGCCAUACAGGUGCCUCCACUGCGCCAAGAGUUUCAGCCACAGGUCCUCGCUGGUCAACCAUCACAGGAUCCACACGGGAGAGAAACCGUUUGAGUGUCCCACAUGCGGGGACAGUUUCUUCCAGAGCGGGCAGCUGAUACGGCACCGGAGGAUGCACACGGAGGAGAAACCGUACAAUUGUUUUCAGUGCGGCAACAACUUCAGCCAGAAAUACUGCCUUGACAUCCACUUGAGGAUGCACACCUCCUCAAAGCCACCGUUGCGGGUUUCUUCGCCAUUUGCCACCCUGGAGAGAACCGAGUCUGAUCCGCCGUUGAGCCCAACGAUGAAAAUGGAGGCCCCAGAAUCUCCGGCGGACCUGAAGCCAGCAUUAGACCUGGAUGGGCCAAGGGAAAGGCCCAGCGUGGCCCCGAUGGGUUCGGACCAGCAGGAUUUGAGGUGGAGAGGUCUUCCAUGCAUUAAGCAGGAGCCGGAAGAAGGCUGCCUCUCGUCCCUGCACUGGGAGGCCCAGUGGCAGGAGUUCCUGGGGGGCAUGCAGGCCCCUUGUGCAGGAUGGGGGUCCAGACCGCUGCCGGUCGCUGCCCCGUGGGGGGACACCAAAGCACCCUUGGCCCAUGUGGAAUUGGCGGCCGCCAGCAGCCAUCGGUCCUCGGGAGGGGCGUUUUUCCAACCUGGGCUGCCCGGCUUUGUGGGAACGACGACGCAGCCAGCUGACCAGGAAGGGCAGAAAGUUAAAGAGGAAGUGGAGAACCAGGAGCCCCCCUACCAGCGCUUCAGGCACUUCCUCUACCAAGAAGCGGAGGGCCCCCGAGAGCUUUGCAAUCAUCUCCGGGAGCUUUGCCACCAAUGGCUGAAGCCGGAGAGAUACUCCAAAGAGCAGAUCCUGGAGCUGGUGACCCUGGAGCAGUUCCUGGCUGUCCUGCCCCAGGCCAUGGAGUGUUGGGUCCGGGAGUGCCACCCCCACACGUGUGCCCAGGCCGUGGCCCUGGCGGAGGACUUCCUGGUGAGGCAUCCGGAGGAGGGGAGGCAGGAGCAGAAGGGGCCAGGGAUGUUUCAUGUGGUGACCGUGAAUUUUCCUGACUCUGAUCAAGUAUCAUCUGAAAGGCUCCUUAGCAGGCCAGUGAAACAGGAGGUCAACGAAGAUGGACUUUCCCAAGACGAUGGGCAGGUGGGUGAAAUCAAAAAAGACAAUGAGUGGAACAACACCAUGGUAAUGGAGCCCCAUCAUGGCUCAUUGUCCACGGAAAGGCGAGAAGGGACAGGUGGACUUGGAGAAGCGGGAGAAGCCCAGAAGAAUCCUCAAGGCCCACAGGAGAACGGCCCCAGAGGAACGGACGUAAAUGCAUCCGGAGAGAAACAAUCCCUGUGUUCAAACUGUGGGGGAAGUUUUAAUCCUAUCUCUGGUCUGCUCGGCCCAGAAGGGUUUCCCCUGGGUGCGAAUCCCUACAAAUGCUCCGUGUGUGACAAGAGCUUCUGCCAGGUUGCCAAACUCAUCGCUCACGAGCGGCUGCACACCGGCGACUGGCCGUACAAGUGCUCCUUCUGCGGCAAGAGCUUCAAUCGGAGCUCCGACGUCUCCCGCCACGAGCGGAUCCACACGGGCGAGAAGCCCUUCAAGUGCACCACGUGCGAGAAGUGCUUCAGCCAGCGGUCCAAGCUGAUUGUCCACGAGCGGUUCCACACGGGCGACAAGCCCCACACCUGCUCCUACUGCGGGAGGAGCUUCCACCAGAGAUCGGACCUGGUGAAGCACGAGCGGAUCCACACGGGAGAGAAGCCCUACAAGUGCUCUGAUUGUGGAGGGAGCUUCCACCGGAGUUCGGAUCUGGUGAAGCACAAGUGGAUCCACACCGGGGAGCGGCCGUACAAGUGUUCCACCUGUGAGAAGAGCUUCCGGCAGCGCUCGGCCCUCCUGUACCACGAGAGGACCCACACGGGGGAGAAACCGUACGCCUGCACAGCCUGCGGGAAAGGCUUCAGUUGCAAAGCCCACCUGGUGCUCCACAAAAGGACCCACACGGGGGAGAAGCCCUACAAGUGCAACUACUGCGGGAAAAGCUUCACCACCAGCUCAUACUUUGUGAAGCAUCAGAGGAUGCAUUUAGGGCAGGAAACUCGGCCGGUUCCGUGAACGAAAGAAAAAAGCGCCCUGAAAUGUCUCAAGGUUUUUCCCUUGGCAUGGAUCGAAAGAGAACCCUCGCAUGUAGAAAGCUAGCAGGUCAGAAGUAUGAUCCCGACGGCUUAGUUUUCUCUCUGCGGGGAUUCAUAAAACAAGUGGCGAACUUUCCGUCCUGUCGCUGCAUUGGGAAGAGUCUCGGUCGGCCGCGGUUGCGAAUCUCGAAUUGUACAGUUUGGUUUGGGUGGAAAGAAACACCCCGGGCUGAAUCGUGUGGGAGAAAAAGAAGCUGAGAAAAGGGCCUGUAACAGCUUGCCUCACUGGAAAAAAAACAAAACCAUUUAUAAAAUGUACGGGUGAGGAGAGCAGUUAGGGAGGAGCGCUUAAUCCCUGUCCUCUGAAAUUGAGAAAAUUCAGGGGUGUUUUCUUGAGGGGGGGGGUACCUGAACUGCUUGGAAGGGACCUGGAGGCAGGCCUCUGCUUCUCCAUUUUAAAAGAUUGGGUAGCAGUUAGGACAGGCCCUUGCAGUGGGGUUCUCGUACUGAGCUUGUAGACCCCCGUGGGCCUAUCAUCCCCCUAUUCCUCCCGCAUUUAGUUAAUGUAUUUUAAUUAAAGCUGAUAAUAAGCGGAAAACUGACUUUUGAGUCAGGCACUGGCCUAAGGCCCAGAGGCUCCUCAGCCUUUCUUGGAAAAUUAAAAUGAUAGAUGGCUGCUUGGUUGAAAAUGGGUCCAGAUAGCCAGAAAAGAAUGCUGCAUUGGCCGAAGGGGGUUGCUAAUUGAGGAAUGCUGGGUGGGCUGGGGGUGACCUCCCCAAUUGUAAAAUUCUGAAUAUACACCGCCCCCCCCACUCAACCCCGUCUAGUAAGGUGGCUAAAAGUUCCUGAACGAUGGGUCUGACCUCCUGUAAUACGGCAUCUUCCUGUGUUCCUAAGAAGAAUUGUUUUAAAUAAUUUGUCUAGAGGUCACAAGUCUGAAAACCUCUGUAAAAAGAAUCCCGAAAGAGAAUUUAGCCAACACAUUUCCCUUUUAUACUCCGCUCUGUCCCCAGCCCCUCCUCCCAGACACAAGCAAGUUUUGAAAAAAGGAAAAUUCGGAUGUUUACAUUUUGCUAUUAAAAAUGCAUACUUUCUCAA